CCCCCCCCCACCCCCAACCAUCCACCCCAGCAGCGCCACGGCCACGACCAGCUUCAUGACCGUUUGGCACGGUAGUUGUUGUUGUCCGAGCCCGGUGUUGAGACGCUGCGUGGGAGCCCGCGGGGCCGCUGUAAUCGUGUGUGUAGGAUGUCCCGACAUGAAGGUGUCAGCUGUGAUGCAUGUUUAAAAGGAAAUUUUCGAGGCCGCAGAUAUAAGUGCUUAAUUUGUUACGACUACGACCUGUGUGCAUCUUGUUAUGAAAGUGGGGCUACUACUACAAGGCACACAACUGAUCAUCCAAUGCAGUGCAUAUUAACAAGAGUAGACUUUGAUUUGUAUUACGGUGGGGAAGCCUUGUCAGUUGAACAGCCACAGUCUUUUACUUGUCCUUACUGUGGGAAAAUGGGGUUCACUGAAACAACUCUCCAGGAACAUGUUACUUCAGAGCAUGCAGAAACAUCAACAGAAGUGGUUUGUCCAAUCUGUGCAGCAUUACCUGGCGGGGAUCCUAAUCAUGUCACAGACGACUUUGCAGCUCAUCUUACACUUGAACACAGGGCUCCUAGAGAUUUAGAUGAAUCCAGUGGUGUUCGACACGUACGUAGGAUGUUUCAUCCUGGCCGAGGCCUUGGAGGACCGCGUGCUCGUAGAUCAAACAUGCACUUUACUAGCAGUUCCACUGGUGGACUUUCGUCCUCACAAAGUUCAUAUUCUCCAAGCAAUAGGGAAGCUAUGGAUCCAAUAGCUGAACUGUUAUCGCAGUUAUCAGGUGUGAGACGCUCUGCUGGAGGACAACUAAACUCCUCUGGCCCUUCUGCUUCUCAAUUACAACAGCUGCAAAUGCAGCUGCAGUUGGAGAGGCAGCAGGCACAGGCAGCACGACAGCAGCUGGAGUCUGCACGUAAUGCAACAAGACGCACCAACACCGGCAGCCUCAGCACCACAGUCACACAGACUACAGUGACCAACAACACAAUCACCACAGAAAACAGCCACCAAGCCUCCCAAAAUUCCCAGUUCUUGCUCACGAGGUUGAAUGAGCCGAAGAUGUCUGAAGGAGAACGUCAAUCACUGGAAAGUGAGCGAGCAGACCACAGCCUGUUUGUGCAGGAGCUUCUUCUCUCCACCCUGAUGCGAGAAGAAAGUUCAUCCUCAGAUGAGGAUGAGCGAGGGGAAUUCACAGAUUUUGGUGCUAUUGGCUGUGUAGAUAUUAUGCCUUUAGAUGUUGCAUUAGAAAAUCUAAAUUUAAAAGAGAGUAAUAAAGGAAAUGAGCCUCCGCCACAUCCUCUUUGAUGAUGUCCCACUUUGCAGACAAUGUCCUCUGUGCUGUAACUGCCAAUGAAAGUGGACAACAGCUAUCUUUGGGUUUGUUUGGUGAUUGUAAUUUCAGGUCUGUCACUCUUGUUACAUUGUGUACAUUCAAGGAAGAAAAAAAAAUAAGAUAAUUGAUUCCACUUACUAAUUUUUACUUCUAGCAGGUAAAUGUAGGUAGCAGUGCCAGAGGCAAUCUCUGCUUCCUGUACCUUGACAUACAAAAGGCUCUCCUAAUACUCCACAUUCAACCGAAGAGGAAAACAAAUUGAAAAAUCUCUAAUGAAGCUGCUGUGUGUAUUUAUGAAUAUUAAUGAAUAAAACUGCUUGGAUGGUU